CAUCUGCGCCGAGGCUCAGUUCACUUGUCUGCAUUGGAGUCGAAGAACACAACACUGCAGUGACUGGAAAUUCGGGACUCUAUAAGGAUCGAGUGACCCUGCAAAGGUUCAAAAUGUUUGGACUGAGCGAUCAGGCGAUAGUGCUCUGCUGCGUCGCGUUGGCCGUCUGCGGGCCCUGGGCUCAGGCUGGCAGCGUCGGCGGCACCUCGACGGCGGCAGAAGUGCCGGCCGCCCACUUUGAGCCGCAGGUCGCCGUCAUGUGCGAGCCGCGGGCCACCUACCACAACCAGUACAUGACCGAGGCGGGUCACUGGGUCUCAGACCCUGAGACCAAAGCCAUCUGCCCACGCGACAAGAUGGCCGUGCUCGAAUACUGCAAAAAGGUGUAUCCAAAGCGUGACAUCACCAACAUCGUGGAAGCGAGCCACUACCUUAAAGUGCCCAACUGGUGCAAGGUCGGCCAGAGGAAGUGCAAAAUCUCUCGCUGGGUCAAACCCUACCGCUGCUUAGAGGGUCCAUUCCAAUCCGAUGCCCUUCUCGUACCUGAGACCUGCCUCUUUGACCACAUCCACAACCAGACCAAAUGCUGGGAAUUUGCCCUGUGGAACCAGACGGCCGCCCUGGCCUGUCAGAGUCGAGACAUGACUCUGCGAAGCUUUGCCAUGCUGCUGCCCUGCGGAAUUUCCCUCUUCAAUGGGGUGGAAUUUGUGUGCUGUCCAAAGCAUGCCAAGGACAACAUGAAGCCGAAGAAGCCAAUCGACAUCACCCUGGGCGCCGAACAGGACAGUCAGAUGGCCGAGGUGCUUUCGAGCGACAAGGUCGGACUCGAGGGCACUGCAAGCACGUCUUCCGAUGAGGACGACGGCGAGGACAGCGACGAGGACGCCGACGACCUGUCCAACCGGGACGACGAGAAUGACGACGAUGACUACGGCGAUGACCAGGAUGAUGAGGGCGACGGCGCCGGAGAGGACUCGGAUGACAUGCAGGGCUUCGGGGUGGCCAGUUCGACCCCCGCGGCGGCCGUGCCCACCCCCGCACCAACCAGCGCCUCGCCGCUCGCCAACAGUCAGACCCCGGUACAGCCCACCGGCCAGCAGGUGCCCACCCCUGACCCCUAUUUUACCCACUUUGACCCUCGGGGCGAGCACCAGGCUUACAAAGAGGCACAGCAGCGGCUUGAGGAAAUGCACAGGGAGAAAGUCACCAAGGUCAUGAAGGACUGGUCGGACCUCGAGGAGCGCUACCAGGACAUGCGCCAGAACGACCCUGGGGCGGCCGACGACUUCAAGAAGAAGAUGACGCAGCGCUUCCAGAAAACCGUCCAGGCCCUCGAGGAGGAGGGCGACGCUGAGAAGCACCAGUUGACCGCCAUGCACCAGCAGAGGGUCAUGGCGCACAUCAACGAGAGGAAAAAGGAGGCCAUGGCUUGCUACACCGACGCCCUCAGCGAGAACCCACCAAACACACACCGUGUUCAGAAGUGUCUGCAGAAGCUGCUCCGAUCCCUGCACAAAGACCGUCACCACAGCAUCGCCCAUUACCGCCACCUGCUCGUCUCCAGCCCCGACCAGGCCGACCGAGAGCGCGGCUUGACUUUGGAGCAUCUUGUCGACAUCGACAAGAUGGUCAACCAGUCCCUCCAGAUGCUCGACCACUAUCCUGAGCUGGCUGCCAAGAUCAGAGUGCUGAUGGAAGACUACCUGACCGCCCUGAGGUCCAAGGACGAAACUCCUGGAUCGCUGCUGUCCAUGUCCAGGGACGCUGAGGCUGCCAUUCUAGACAAAUUCAGAGCUGAAGUUCAAGCAAGACAAGAAGAGAAAGACAGGCAAAAAAUGAUGGAGCGUCAGCGCAAAGAGCAGAGGAAGGCCGAGCGGAUGCACGAGAAGGAGGCGCAGCGCCGUGCCGAGAGUCAAAAGAUGGACACCCACUACGACUCGGACAUCAUCGAGGAGGAAAGGGCCUUGCCCUCCUCUCUGCCCUCUGCAGAGGCCCCAGCCAUGUUGCACAGCCAGCACGAUCCGGUGCCCAAACCUGCCCACGCCCAGGCCCACGACAUCAGCCACGGAGAACCCACUUUCUCGGUGCGCCGUGAGGUGUACCACAGAGAGAGAAGGAGCGUCUACUUCACAUUGAUCUUCGCCGGCGUCGCCAUCAUGGCUGCUGGUCUCGUUGGAGUUGCUGUCCUGCGAAGAAGGAACGCUCGCUCUCCUCAAAAUCAGGGCUUCAUUGAAGUCGACCAGGCUGCAACACCAGAGGAGCGCCACGUAGCCAACAUGCAGAUCAAUGGAUACGAGAAUCCAACUUACAAAUAUUUUGAAGCAAAAGAGUAAGAGAUAUCAAAACAAUUAAUUAAAACUAAAAUUGUGAAAAAUAUGAGAGGCUCUCCUGAUAAUUUUAAUUUACCGGUGCAUCGGGGAGUUGCCGUGUUUACGUAAGAAUUCUUCACACUCACUCACACACACAUACACACACUCAGAAAAAACAAACACCUCUAUGUUAACAAUAGUAUGCGACAGUCAGUUUUUAUGUUGGGUGUAAAUUUUAAAAGAGAGCAGAAAAAACCGCGUGUUAAUAUAUCAAACUCACACACUACGAUUAGAUUGCAUUAUGUAUCUCUCAGAGUACCUUCUAAAUUGAAUAUGUAUAAUGCUACAUAGCGGCAAAAAAAUAAUAUAUUAGUUGGGGGUGCAAAGAAUUCAAAUCAACAACCAGAUCGCUUCACGUCUAUGAUUGUUCAUAAUAAGAAAAUGACGAAAAUAGUCCUGUAUUUUUGCAUGUUUAGAGAUGAUCUACUGAUUUGUACUUAUUGUGUCUCAUAACUGCAUUGAACCAGCACAAUUUGCUGCCACUUGGUUUCAAAUUUGUCUCUAUUUUUCAAUCACUACUUUUAAAAAGGACACAAACAUGGGAGUCGUCGUCGUUUUGCUGGGAAAGGAGAGUAAAAAUCGCGCCACUUUUCUAUAUAAACAUUCUGAUUUCCGCGUCGUAGUUUGAGAAAAAUUAUUCAGAAAAGGCGCCAACGGUAAAAAAUGUUAAAUAGUUUUCAUUCAGCUUCGAGAGUUCAGCGCAUGAUGAAAGUGCUUCAAACUGGGGUUUUCAAGUAAUUUUCGAUGCAAAUUAACUACUUAAGUGCGAAGGGGGUACGUGCUUGCCAUGUAGGCUUAAGUUGAGUGUCCAUAAGGGAAUAUUAGCGAAUUCCAAUUGUACAUGUAUAAAAAUUAAAAUGAAAGAAAGAAUCAAGAAAGCAGUAUAACCUAGCCAACUAUACGGAUUUAUCAUCAUUCUGGAGCGAAGGGCACACGAUUUAAUUAAAAAAAUAAUAAAUCAGCUUGGAAAUUUUUCUUCACUCUACUUUAGGCCAAACUUCGGAAAAGCAUUGUCAAGCAGCCAUUUGAUGAUGAAAAAUAGAGAGUCCAAUUUUAAUGCCAAGAGCGCCGAUGAAUUAGAAAUUUGGUGCUCUUGACAAAAAAAACUAAAUAUCAAUUCGAUUAAGGUAAAAAUUUCGCGGCAGCUUAUAUAAUUAUUAAAUUAUGAUUGUGUAAAUUAACAAAAAUAACAUGCAGAGCAAGAGUGAUUAUCAAACUACAUUAAUUAAUUAGUUUGAUGAUUUUGUAAAGUUCUUCUCGUCGUUUUUCAAUUGAUUUGCUGAUAAACCAGUAAAGUUACAAUUGCAUAAAAAAGAAAAAAACUGUUAGCUGUAAUCGUCCUAAGGUGUAAGAAGAAAUGUCUGAUGUAAUUGAUAGCCGAGCAAAAACACAUUCCUUUUCAUAAACAAAUAAAAUUAUAUAUAUCUGGAUGAAAUCAAGCUGAGAGGGCGAUAUGUGAAUCUCUAGCGAGUAGCAAACGUCAAAGUAAUCCAUGUAUGUAUAAAUGGGCCCUUGGAAUUAUUAACCAUAGCAAAAAAGUCAGUGUGUUUUGGAAGAAAAAAAAUCAAAAAUACACUCAACACUUAAAAUUUAAUUUAAAAAAAAAAAAUCCGCAUCAAAAAUAAAAUCGGUGUGGAAACAUUAAGAUUAGUUUUGAUUCAGGCAGGCAAAAUAAAAUAAUACUAUCGUUGUGUCUUAUUUGUAUAAACACGUAAACACACACACACAAAGUACUAAGGAAUUAAGAUCAGUACUAUACACACAAAACUCACUGGUGGAUGUUGGAUUUUUCGAUUUGUACGAUUUCCAAGUAUAAGUACUUCUUCUAUACACGAAUGUAUUUAAUUAAAUUUAAACAAAAGAAAGGAAAAAAAAACUCUCAAUGCAAAAGUGACGGUUGUAUUCCUGUCACAUCAAAAUUAUAAAAACACACAAACACACACGCAUAUUCACAAAAGUUAAUUUUUUCCAAAGAAAAAUCAAAUUAAUCCAAGAACAGAGGAGCUUUGGCCGUAAAUAAAAUGUAAUUACUGAGAGACUCAUUAUUCCCUCCUACCAAUGGCAAAACUACAAUGGUCAUUGCACACCAUGUUCAGUUUUGAGAUAAAAAAAAAUGUAAUAAAAGCUGCCGCUGGUUCCUCUGUUCUUUGCCGCUGUAUUUGCAAAACAACAAAAACCACCGCCUGGGCAGACGGCUCGCGAAUUUAUCGACCGAGGUGCUUCUUCUUCUUCUUCGUAUAUAAUCCUUUGACCGCAUAAAAAGUCGCUUUGAUUGAUUUCGCCUCGCGCUCUGAUCGGCUUUGAUUUCUUUUCGGUGUAAUUUCGCAGUGAUCUUGAUGGCCAUUGUAAUUUUCCCUUCAGCAGUAAUAAAAUUGAUGUAAGAGUUAUAUAA